AUGGAGGACUACUUUGAUUUGUCCGAUACCUACGAUAUGCAGGGCAGUGACUCGCUCGCCUUGAACGGCAGCCAGUCACUUGCUUUUGCUGACGCCACUCCCCUGACUGUUUCUCCCCAAGAGUUACUUUUGGACUCCUCGUGCCCGCCUUCCACCAGCAUGACCGAUCUCAGCACUCCAUCUUUCGAGUCUCCUGGCACCUUCAGCCAUGAAACUUCGCCGCUCUUCAGCACUGCUGACGACCUGGCUGCUGAUCAUGAUGGCUGGGAGUCGCUCUUCCCUGGAGACCCAUUGACGGCCCUUGAGGAAGCCACUAAAGUUCCAGCACCCAUUCCCACUCAGCCAACCGUUCAGCCUACUCUUCCCCAAGAUACUGCUUCUGCCACUGCUUCAUCUUCGCCUGCCGUUAGAUCUCGCUCUUUCCCAACUCCAUCUCCUCGCACUAGUUCUCGUUCGUCCUCCAACCGCCCUUCAUCGGUGUCUGGAGUGACAAAGAGAACUCGUGAAAAGCACCCAUUGCCACCAAUUGAGGUCGAUCCUUCUGAUCCAGUUGCUGUCAAGAGAGCUAAAAAUACCGAGGCCGCCAGAAAGUCUCGACAGCGAAAAGUGGAGCUACAGGAGGCACUUGAACGCCGUAUUGAAGAGCUUGAAGCUGAACUCGAACAAGCCAAACAGGAAGCUGAACACUGGAAGGGAGUUGCUGGACACACCGGAAACUAG